UGAUUUGACAGAAUUCAAUAUGGCCGACUCGGCGUCUUGUGUGAGUUAAAGAGGUUAUGUUUUUCGUUUAUCAAUAACAAACUUUAUUCAAAAAGUAGAAAAAUUAAAAGAAAAAGUGAAAAAACAUAAAAUUCAGAAUGUCGAUGCUCUACGGAGGUGAUGAAAUUGGUGCAGUUGUCUUGGACUUGGGUCAUAAUUCAUUGAGAGUUGGUUAUGCACAAGAAGACACGCCAAAGGCAGAAAUUCCAGCAGUGGUUGGAAUUGGUGAAGAUGGGAAUGGAACGGCUGCUCCGGUCGAGGCAAUGGAUAUCGAUGACAAAAAGCCCGACAAUAAUAUUUGUCAAUCGACAUCGAAAUAUUAUAUUGACACAACGACACUUCAUGUGCCUCGAAAAAAUAUGGAAGUUGUCAGUUACAUGAAGGACGGCAUGAUCGAGGAUUGGGAUCAUUUCGAAAAGGUACUAGAUUACACUUAUUCGCGUGUAAUUCAAUCGGACGCUGAAUAUCAUCCAGUAUUGUUUUCCGAAUCGCCAUGGAAUGUGAGAAGUAAACGUGAAAAAUUGACGGAAUUAAUGUUUGAAAAAUACAACGUUCCUGCAUUUUUUCUAGUGAAAAAUGCCGUUUUGGCGGCAUUCGCAAAUGGAAGAGCGACUGGAAUUGUCGUUGACAGUGGUGCAACUCACACUUCCGCGGUACCAGUACAAGAUGGAUUUGUUUUAACACAAGCGAUCGUUAAAUCUCCACUCGGUGGCGAUUAUAUCAGUAUGCAGUGUAGACAAUUCUUACAAGAGCAGGAAAUCGAUUUAUCGCCAGCUUAUAUGAUUGGCAGUAAAGAAGUUGUCAAGGACCAUGAUAAACCGCGAUGGGUGAAAAAGAAAAAUAUACCGGACGUUACAAAAUCCUGGCACAAUUAUAUGGUUAAGAAACUUAUUCAGGACUUCCAGGCGACUUGCCUUCAAGUUUCCGAGACUCCGUACGAUGAAAAAAUCGUUUGCACCGUCCCUGCCGUGCAAUACGAAUUUCCAACCGGUUAUCGACAGGACUUCAGUAGUGAAAGAUUUCGAAUACCAGAGGCGCUCUUCGACCCAAGUAUGGUGCAAAUGAGAGGCGGUAUGGUGGGCAAUACAAUGCUGGGAGUUGGUCAUAUUGUGACGACCAGUGUGGGAAUGUGUGACGUUGAUGUGCGACCAGCACUCUAUGGCAGUGUCGUUGUGACAGGUGGAAAUUCAUUUAUACAAGGCUUCCCCGAACGUUUAAAUCGCGACCUCUCCGUUAGAAUACCGUCCAGUAUGCGAUUGAAAUUAAUAAGCGCAAAUGGUUGCGCUGAACGACGUUUUGGCGCAUGGAUUGGCGGUUCAAUUUUAGCUUCAAUUGGCACAUUCCAACAAAUGUGGCUCUCAAGUCAAGAAUACGAGGAAAGCGGUAAAAGUCAAAUCGAACGAAAAUGUCCAUAAUUUUUUUUUCUAAAAAUAUAAUAAUGUAAUUUUCCAUUUUUACAACAUUUUUUUUUUCAUUUUUUUUAACGACACUAUUUAUAGGAAAUUAUAAAAAAAAAUAACGUACCUAAAUAAUAAAU